GUCCGGCUGCGGCGGCCGCACGCGGACGGGGCUCGUGCCCGCGGGGUCCCGGCGCCAUGGGGGUGGAGAAGAGGCUGCUGCCGAUUAAGGAGGCCUUUCAGCUGGCGCAGCAGCCGCACCAGAACCAGGCGAAGCUGGUGAGGGCGCUGAGCCGCACCUACGGCCUGGUGGGUAAUAAAAUAGUUUUUCAUGAGGAGUUCGUUCAUUACCUUAAAUAUGCGAUGGUGAUCUACAAACGAGAACCAGCUGUGGAGAGGGUGAUAGAAUUUGCAGCGAAGUUUGUUACUUCGUUUCACCAAUCAGAGACGGAAGAUGAUGAGGAAGAGGAAGAUGGUGGCCUUUUAAAUUACCUAUUUACUUUUCUAUUAAAGUCUCAUGAAGCAAACAGCAAUGCGGUUAGAUUUAGAGUGUGCCAGCUCAUAAACAAGCUUUUGGGAAGUAUGCCAGAAAAUGCCCAGAUUGAUGAUGAUUUGUUUGAUAAAAUUAAUGAAGCCAUGCUUAUUAGAUUGAAAGAUAAAAUUCCAAAUGUGAGGAUACAGGCAGUUCUUGCUCUUUCACGACUUCAGGAUCCCAAAGAUGAUGAAUGCCCAGUGGUUAACGCAUAUGCUACUUUGAUUGAAAAUGAUUCAAAUCCAGAAGUUAGGCGGGCAGUGUUAUCGUGUAUUACGCCAUCAGCAAAGACUUUGCCAAAAAUUGUAGGGCGCACCAAGGAUGUGAAAGAGGCUGUCAGAAAGCUGGCUUAUCAGGUUUUAGCUGAAAAGGUUCAUAUGAGAGCUAUGUCUAUUGCUCAGAGAGUAAUGCUCCUUCAACAAGGUUUUAAUGACAGAUCAGAUGCUGUGAAACAAGCAAUGCAGAAGCAUCUUCUCCAAGGCUGGUUACGUUUCACUGAAGGAAAUAUAUUAGAGUUGCUUCAUCGGUUGGAUGUGGAAAAUUCUUCUGAAGUGGCCAUCUCUGUUCUCAAUGCCUUGUUUUCGGUGACUCCUCUUAGUGAACUGGCAGAAAUCUGUAAAAAUAAUGAUGGCAGGAAAUUGAUUUCAUUGGAAACAUUAACUCCUGAAAUUGCUUUGUACUGGCGUGUCCUUUGUGAAUAUUUGAAAUCAAAAGGAGAUGAAGGUGAAGAAUUUUUAGAGCAGAUUUUGCCAGAGCCUGUAGUAUAUGCUGAGUAUUUAUCAAGUUAUAUUCAGAGCAUUCCAGUUGUUAAUGAUGAACAGAGAGGUGAUUUUUCCUAUAUUGGAAAUUUGAUGACAAAAGAGUUCAUAGGUCAACAAUUGAUUCUAAUUAUCAAGUCUUUGGAUACCAGUGAAGAAGGAGGAAGGAAACGACUGCUGGCUAUUUUACAGGAGAUUCUUACUCUACCCACAACUCCGAUAUCCCUAAUUUCUUUUCUUGUUGAGAGACUGCUCCAUAUCAUUAUAGAUGAUAAUAAGAGAACAGAAAUUGUUACAGAAAUUAUCUCAGAGAUUCGGAUGCCCAUUGUUACUGUUGGUGUUAAUAAUGAUCCAGCUGAUGUAAGAAAGAAAGAACUCAAGAUGGCUGAAAUAAAAGUUAAACUUAUUGAGGCAAAAGGAGCUUUGGAAAAUUGCAUUGCCUUACAGGAUUUUAAUCAAGCAUCAGAGUUAAAAGAAGAAAUAAAAGCAUUAGAAGAUGCCAAAAUAAACCUCUUGAAAGAGACAGAGCAACUUGAAAUUAAAGAAGUCCACGUAGAGAAGAAUGAUGCUGAAACACUACAGAAGUGUCUUAUUUUGUGCUAUGAACUGUUGAAGCAGAUGUCCCCUUCAACAGGUAUAGGUGCAACCAUGAAUGGCAUCAUUGAAUCUUUGAUUCUUCCUGGAAUAAUAAGUGUUCAUCCUGUAGUAAGAAAUCUGGCUGUUUUAUGCUUGGGAUGCUGUGGACUACAGAAUCGGGAUUUUGCAAGUAAACAUUUUGUGUUACUAUUGCAGGUUUUGCAAAUCGAUGAUGUGACAAUAAAAAUAAGUGCUUUAAAGGCAAUCUUUGACCAGCUGAUGACAUUUGGGAUUGAACCAUUUAAAACUAAAAAAAUCAAAGCCCCUCAAAGUGAAGGUGCAGAAAUAAACACUAAUGAAGAACAAGAGUUAAAAGAAGCUGAAGAGACAGCCAAGAAUAUUCUGAAACUCCUUUCUGAUUUCUUAGAUAGCGAGGUGUCUGAACUCAGGACAGGAGCUGCAGAAGGAUUAGCCAAGCUGAUGUUCUCUGGGCUUUUGGUCAGCAGCAAGAUUCUGUCUCGUCUUAUCUUGUUAUGGUACAGUCCUGUGACUGAAGAGGAUGUUCGACUUCGACAUUGCCUAGGCGUGUUCUUCCCCAUGUUUGCUUAUGCAAGCAGGACUAAUCAAGAAUGUUUUGAAGAAGCCUUUCUUCCAACUCUGCAAACACUGGCCAGUGCCCCUGCUUCUUCUCCUUUAGCUGAAGUAGAUAUCACUAAUGUUGCUGAGUUGCUUGUAGAUUUGACCAGACCAAGUGGAUUAAAUCCUCAGGCCAAGAAUUCCCAAGAUUAUCAGGCCUUAACAGUUCACGACAAUUUGGCUAUAAAACUUUGCAAUGAGAUCUUAACGUGUCCAUGUUCACCAGAAAUUCGGGUCUAUACAAAAGCCUUGAGUUCUUUAGAACUCAGUAACAAUCUUGCUAAAGAUCUUCUGGGUCUGUUGAAUGACAUUCUGGAGCAAGUAAAAGAUAGGACAUGUCUGAGAGCUUUGGAGAAAAUCAAGAUUCAGUUAGAAAAAGGAAAUAAAGAAUAUGGUGACCAAGAUGUAGCAGCACAGGAUGCCAGCACAACUAUGGCUGUUUUUCCAAAUGAAGAUGAAAAGAAUAAAGAAGUAUAUUUAACUCCUCUCAAGGAUGUAAAAGCAACCCAAGCGUCAAAAUCUACGCAGCAGAAGACUAUUAGAGGACGGAGAAAAGUGACAGCUUCAGCAAGGAUGAACAGAAGAUGUCAGACUGCUGAGGUUGAGGCUGACUCUGAAAGUGAUCAUGAAGUUCCAGAGCCAGAAUCAGAAAUGAAGAUGAGAUUACCAAGACGAGCCAAAACAGCAGCACUAGAAAAAAGUAAACUGAACCUUGCACAAUUUCUCAAUGAAGAUAUGAGUUAGGAGAAGAGAUGAUGGAGGUGGAGUCUUUGUUAAAAGUCCUUUAAAAUUGUGUUCAGUUCUUGCUUUAAUAAAGUUACCCUUGUGUCAAAAUCA